AUGGUGACACCCGGCGGGACGCCAGCCCUGAGGUCACCGCGGAGCUCGGGCUCAGGCGAGACGGCCCCCAUGCAUUCCCCGCGCUACCCCAGCCCCGCCGAGCUGGACGCCUACGCACAGAAGGUGGCCAACAGCCCGCUGACCAUCAAGAUCUUCCCCACCAACAUCAGGGUCCCCCAGCACAAGCACCUUAACCGGACGGUGAACGGCUACGACACCACGGGGCAGAGGUACAGCCCCUACCCCCUGCACGCCGGCGGCUACCAGGGGCUGCUGGCCAUCGUCAAAGCCUCUGGCAAAAGCGUGGUGAAGAACUCGGAGGGGAAGCGGACUAAGCUCUCGCCUGCCCAGGUGGGCGUCGCUCCCUCCCCCGCCUCAAGCACUUUAGCUCAAGGUCCCUCCUGCGCCGGGCAGCUGAGCUACCACGGCGGCCAGAAGCAGCUGGAGGGUCCCGUGCCCCCCAACGUGACGGUGGCGGCCUCGGUGCUGCCUCUGGCGGGAAGGAGCCUGGCCCUGCCGCCCUCCAACCUGCCCUCCAUCCAGAGCAUCAUCUACCAGAUCAAUCAGCAGUGCCAGGCGCAGGGUGCCCAGCCCGGCUGCCCGGCCGUCGUGGCCGCCCACCCCAGCCCGGCCAAGCACGGCGCCUUCGGCCCCGGCUACGGCGGCACCGUCCUGCCCGAGACCAGGGCCCCAUCCGGGCUGGACACCCACGGGGACAGCGGCUGCCGGAGGGACAGAGGCUGCGCAAAUCCCUGA